CAAGCCGGUGUACUCGACGCCGUCGCCGGUGGAGAACACGCCGCAGAACAACGAGUGCAAGAUGGUGGAGCUGCGGGGCGCCCAGGUGGCCUCCUUCUCGGUGGAGGGCUGCGAGCUGAUCUGCCUGCCGCAGGCCUUCGACCUCUUCCUCAAGCACCUGGUGGGCGGCUUGCACACGGUCUACACCAAGCUCAAGCGCCUGGAGAUCACGCCGGUCGUCUGCAACGUGGAGCAGGUGCGCAUCUUGCGCGGCUUGGGCGCCAUCCAGCCCGGCGUCAACCGCUGCAAGCUCAUCUCCAGGAGGGACUUCGAGACUCUCUACAACGACUGCACCAACGCCAGUUCCAGACCUGGACGGCCUCCGAAACGGACUCAGAGCGUUACCUCUCCAGAGAAUUCUCACAUCAUGCCACAUUCUGUCCCUGGUCUCCUCUCGCCUGGAAUCAUCCCACCGACAGGUCUGACAGCUGCGGCUGCUGCUGCGGCCGCAGCCACCAACGCUGCCAUCGCGGAAGCAAUGAAGGUGAAAAAAAUUAAAUUAGAAGCAAUGUCAAACUACCAUGCCAAUAAUAACCAGCACGCAGCAGAGUCUGAAAACGGGGACCUAAAUUCUACUGUGGGCCUUGAGCUACCUUUUAUGAUGAUGCCCCACCCGCUUAUUCCGGUCAGCUUGCCCCCAGCAUCCGUCACAAUGGCCAUGAAUCAGAUGAACCACCUUACCACAAUUGCAAACAUGGCUGCCGCAGCACAAGUGCAGGGGCCUCCCUCCAGAGUGGAGACGUCUGUGAUUAAGGAGCGCGUUCCCGACAGUCCUUCUCCUGCUCCAUCUCUCGAAGACGGUCGAAGGCCUGGUAGCCAUCCAUCCUCACAUCGCAGCAGCAGCGUAUCCAGUUCCCCUGCCCGAACCGAAAGUUCUUCAGACAGAAUCCCUGUUCAUCAGAAUGGGCUCUCCAUGAACCAGAUGUUGAUGGGCUUAUCGCCGAAUGUCUUACCUGGUCCAAAAGAAGGCGAUCUGGCUGGCCAUGAUAGUGGACAUGAUUCCAAAAGAAUGCACAUGGAGAAAGAUGAGACCCCGCUCUCCACACCAACCACAAGAGACAGCCUUGACAAACUUUCACUAACUGGGCACGGACAACCUCUUCCUCCAGGUUUCCCAUCUCCUUUUCUAUUUCCUGAUGGAUUGUCCUCCAUAGAAACCCUCCUGACUAAUAUCCAGGGGCUGUUAAAGGUUGCCAUAGAUAAUGCACGGGCUCAAGAGAAGCAGGUGCAGCUUGAAAAGACGGAGCUCAAAAUGGAGCUGUUCAGGGAACGAGAACUGAGAGAAACACUUGAAAAACAGUUAGCUGUGGAGCAGAAGAACAGAGCAAUAAUUCAGAAAAGGUUAAAAAAGGAAAAGAAGGCCAAGAGGAAAUUGCAGGAAGCACUUGAAUUUGAAACGAAGCGGCGAGAACAAGCUGAGCAAGCGCUAAAGCAAGCAGCUUCCACGGAUAACCUCAGGGUCCUAAAUGAUUCUCUGACCCCAGAGAUAGAAGCUGACCGCAGCGGGGGCAGAACAGAUGCUGAGAGGACAAUACAAGAUGGAAGACUUUAUCUGAAAACGACUGUCAUGUACUGAAUUUGUCCGGUUGGAGCAACGUGUGUUACAGUUCAGAGAACUCUGCAGUAAGACAUCCAGUGUUUCAGAGGUUCUGCAAAAACAAAAGAUGCUUGCAGAAAACUUUAUCACUUCACCUAGCCAUGUGCGGAGAUUUUAAGCUUUUGAUGGGAGCAUCCUCAUUGCAUCGCCCAGGCUCCAUCCUGUGUUACAGAAGAUGUUUCUACAAUUUAUGUAACUCUCUGGUAACAACCAGGGACCAGGAAAUCUGUCCUGAGACACCAGAGCAAAACUGUAUAUUCCCAUUUCAAAGGAAUAAGAACCAUGUUCUCUCCUGAAUCUUUAGGCACAUCAAGGAAAUCUUCCACUUCUCAUCCUAAGCACUGUUAUGCCAAACCAGCAAGAUGGUUUAAAAAUGAAUAUUUCUAAAACGGGCAUCAGAAGAUUCCUAAAAACUGAAGCUAGGAGUACACAAAUCACAAUGUUAUAUAUCUUCCCCCCCC